ACAUGACAUAAGAUUUUGUUAUGAAUUGAUUGUAUGAAAAGAUGCAUGCAAUUGUAUAGUUUCUACAAAUACCCGCUGCAAGGCGCGGAGGUUCAUCUAGUUAAACUAAUCAUCCGCUAACACUCCCGAGCCUCCGACGUCGUCGUGUACAUAUACCCAUCAGCUAGCAGCCUAGCACAUAGGAUAUACCGCAACCGCACUUCCGCACUGAACAUUCUGAAAAACAACAGAGCCGGAACACCAAGGCAGGCAAAAACCAUCGAUCCAAGCCAACAAUGAGGGCGCCGCUCACCUACGCGUUCUUCCUCCUGCUCAUCUCGUCAACCUGCGAGUCCUCCACGUUAGAAGACACAUGUAAAUCCUUCGCCGCAGGCCACCCGUCGAUCGGCUACAGCUACUGCGUCAGGACCUUCCGCGCCGACAGCGCGAGCGCCACCGCCGACGCGCGCGGUCUCUUCGCCAUAGCCGCUAGGAUCGCGGCGGCGGCCGCCAACGGCACGGCCAGGCGCAUCGCCGCAUUGCGCGCCUCGGAGGAGGACGGCAGGAGGCGGGAGCGCCUCGGCGUUUGCGCGGAGGUGUACUCGGACGCCGUGGACCACCUGGGCGAGGCCGCGGAGGACAUCGCGCGGGGCGAGGACAGGUCCACCCGGGACGCGCUCACGCAGCUCAGCGCGGCGCUGGACGCGCCCGGGACGUGCGAGGACGCGUUCGGCGAGGCCGACGACACGUCCCCGCUGGCCGCGGAGGACGCCGAGUUCAGGAAGCUAGCGACCAUCGCCCUCGCCGUCGCGGCAUCCCUGGCGCCGCAGCCAUCGGCACCGAGGAUUAGUGACUGAUGGCUUUUGUGCUGACUGCGGACCAUGCUUAUAGCAUGGAUAAGCAGAUAAAAUAAGUUUGUUUUGAUGAUUACAAUUAGUAGUGUGUGUUUUAACCUUUUUAUGCUUUCGUUUGGACGUGCUUGAUUGUUGUAGUAGUGGCUUGCAUGCUUCGCAUGCAGUGAUGUGAUGGCGGUGUGUAGUGGGGAAGUGGCCACUGGCCAGCUUGUUAUCUAUCUCAAGCUUUUUUGGAUCUUUGAACAUGGGGUGUUAACUGUGUCGUG